UGCUCGGUGCCAAUUCAUAUGUUUCCCUUCCAUCCUCUGCUAUUGUAAGCUUAUACCAUAAUUACUUACCAUACGUGAGAAUAGUUGGCGGAAUACCUGAACAAGACAUUGGGAGAAAGUGGGUGGGCUUCUUUUUCUUAUUUUUUUUACCUUCUGCGCAUAUAUUAUUGAGCAAUAGCAUUGCGUGCAUCCCCAAAACAACUUUUGUUCAAUUGAGUUUCCGCCCACACAGACACAGCACGAUGCAUCUUAAUUUCGUGUCAUCCUCAUUGACAAGUCAGAACAAUGGUGAGCUCAUCGCGGGCGAACGGCCGCUCUGUGAAACAAGAACGCAAUGAAGUGCGCUCAUCGAAGAGGACAGAUGGAUAGUCUCGUUCAGCCACUUGUUGCCCAGUAUCUGGCUAUGGGAUAUCAAUCUAAGGAAAAUAACCAACAUGGAAAUACAGUAGGAAUGACUGGGAAGGAAAAAGAACAUCCACACCUCUCUCCUGGAUGUGCCUCCAGGUCCAGGGCUUCUCCUCCUGCUUGCCCGCCCAAGUUCCUGAAGCCCAGCCUGGCCCAGGUGACUCAGGGGAAGGUGAUGAUGUCUCUGGGAAAUGUCGCCAAGGGAGCGAGCUGGGAGGAACUCAUCCAGGCCUGUCUCCAGACCUUUGACUCGGAGGGGUGUGUGUGUGGGAGCAGCCAUCUGAUGAACAUCACCCUGACCAUGCACCGGCUCCUCAUGUCAUCCAGCGAUCUCCUGCAGAAGCUCUCCACCCUAUUUAAAACGGCCGUGGAUGAUGAACAGUCUACAGAUUGCCAGAAGAUCUGCUACCUCAUCAAGUACUGGAUCAGGGAGUUCUGGACGAUGUUUCGGCUCCACACCAGCCUGUCCGACACUCUGGAGGAGUUCCAGGAGCUGCUUAGAGAGCGCGGUCAGGAGAGGCUGUGUCCUCUGCUGGAGACCAAAUGGAUAAAUGAAAGGGACUGGUCGUGGAAGGCGAGUCAGAAGAUCAAGGCCAACAGCAGUAAGAAGAGAAAAGUCUCUCUGCUGUUUGACCACCUGGAGCCCAUCGAGCUAGCAGAACACCUAACCUUCCUGGAGUUCAAGUCCUUCUGCAGGAUAUCAUUUGGAGACUACCAGACUUACAUCCGCAGCUGCUGCAUGAAGGACAUUCCUAUGAUGGAACGGUCCAUUGCGCUGUGUAAUGGCGUCUCCCAGUGGGUGCAGCUCAUGGUUCUGAGCAGGCCUACAUCCCAGCUGAGAGCUGAAGUCUUCACUAAGUUCAUCCAAGUGGCUCAGAUCCUCCAUCUGAUGCACAACUUCAACACCCUGAUGGCCGUGGUGGGGGGCUUGUGUCACAGCUCCAUCUCCAGGCUGAAGGAGACCAGCUCCCACGUUCCCAACGAGCUCUCCAAGGCACUGAACGAGAUGACAGACCUGCUGUCGUCCUGUAGGAACUACGACAACUACCGGCAGGCCUACAGCCGGUGUGCCGGCUUCAAGAUCCCCAUCCUGGGAGUGCACCUGAAGGACCUCAUCUCCGUCAACGAGGCCAUGCCGGACUACGUGGAGGAGGAGAAGGUGAACGUCCAGAAGAUGCAGGCGCUCUACAACCACAUCAACGAGCUGAUCCAGCUGCAGCAGGUCCCUCCACGGCUGGAGGCCAACAAAGACCUGGUUCACCUACUCACGCUGUCGUUGGACCUGUACUACACUGAAGAUGAGAUAUACGAGCUGUCCUACGCCAGAGAAUCCCGGAACUGCAAAGCACCCCCGGCCACCCCCUGUAGGCCUCCUGUGGUGGUGGACUGGGCCCCAGGGGUCGCCCCCAAACCUGACCCCCGAACCAUCAGCAAGCACGUUCAGAGGAUGGUGGAUUCUGUGUUUAAAAACUAUGACCAUGACCAGAAUGGCUUCAUCUCCCACGAGGACUUUGAGAAAAUCGCUGCUAGCUUUCCCUUCUCCUUCUGUGUUAUGGACAAAGAAAAGGAGGGCCUCAUUAGCAGAGAGGAGAUCACGGCAUACUUUAUGCGGGCAAGUGUCAUCUGCUCCAAGCUGGGGCUGGGGUUCGUCCACAACUUCCAGGAGACCACCUACAUGAAGCCCACCUUCUGUGACAACUGCUCCGGAUUUUUGUGGGGAGUCAUCAAACAAGGCUACAGAUGCAGAGACUGUGGGAUGAACUGCCACAAGCUGUGUAAGGACCAGGUGGCAUUUGAGUGUAAGAAGAAUGCCAAAGGACAUCAUCCCACGGACAGCCCCACACCAGGAUCUACAUCCAGCGCUACCGGCCUUUCAGAAGGUUCGGAGGAGAGCUCUUUCCUGUAUCCUCCAGACGAGUCCAAGGACUGGAGCCCAGAAUCUCCCCCGAGACGCCACCCUCUGAGACGGCCCUCUGCGCUGGCCAGGUCCGGGGGGGUGGACCGCACCACCCAGACAGAGGGGCACAUUGCCCAAGACACCAGCCGCCCCCAGCCCACCCUCCUGGCCCCAGCCUCCCUCACCCCCUGCCCCAGUCCGGUGCCCACCCUCCUGGCCCCAGCCUCCCUCACCCCCUGCCCCAGUCCGGUGCCCACCCGCAAGCAGCGCCACUUCGCUCUCUGGGAAAACCGAGAUUCAAUGGGGACCAAGCCCAAGGAACCGGACGAGGAGACCAAACCCACCUGCGAACUCCUAGAAAACGAAAACCAGAAGCUUCAGAACAGCAACGAGAGCCUUCGCAGGAAGCUUCGUGAGACAGAGCGUGAGGUGGAGGUCCUGAAGAUGCUUCUGAAGAGGCAUGCAGUGCACCAUGUGGACGAGGACUCGUCCUCCUAGCCCGGCAUGCCCCUGUUAAGGGCCCGACACCCCUCCGUACGACAGCCCCCCGUACGACAGCCCCCCGUACGACAGCCCCCCCCGUACGACAGCCCCCCCCAUACGACAGCCCCCC